GAAUUCCAAAAAGGAAAGUGAUUUAAACGUGGCCCAGGCUCGUGUGAGAGACCUCGAUGCCCAGCUAAAUGCAAAGGAAGCUGAUUUAGCAAUAGCCCUGAAUGAGAACCGGACUUUGGAGAAUGAGCUCCGUGAAUUAAAGGAUCAAGUACUCAGUCUUAAUCUGUCACUGGAGGAUACUAAAAAGCAUCUCCACAGUGAAAUGUUGAGGAGGGUGGACCUAGAAAACCGUAUGAAAACAUUGCUGGAAGAAAUGACGUUCCAGAAGCACCUUCAUGAAGAUGAGCUCAAGGAGACAAAAAGAGUCCAUGAGAGCAGGAUAGCAGAAGUAGAAUCUGGCUUUCAAAGAGAAUUUGAGAGCUUGCUCUCAGAUGCUCUGCAGGGGCUCAGGAAACAGCAUGAAGAACAAAUUCAAGGCUACAAAGAGGAGAUGGAGCGAACAUUCAGUGCAAAGGUGGAGAAUGCCCAGCUGACUGCACAAAGGAACUGUGAGUUUGCCAAUGCUGCUCGGGAGGAGCUGAUGGAAAAACAGAAGAAAGUGGAUACUCUGCUUUCUCAAGUUAAUCAAUAUCAAAGCCAGACUGUUGCUUUGGAGAGCAAAUUAAAGGAGCUACAGAAUUUGCUGGAUUACGAUCGUGAUCUCCAUCGACGGCGUAUGGCUGAAAAGGAGGAAGAAAUUGCACAAGCUCAGAGGCAGGCACAAGCACAGCUGGAAGAGUAUGAGCAGCUCUUAGAUGUGAAACUGGCUCUAGACUUGGAAAUAAAUGCGUACAGAAAGAUGUUGGAAGGAGAGGAACAGAGGCUAAAGCUGUCACCCAGUCCAUCUUCACACAGCACAGCAAUUCAAGCAGCAAGCCAGGGCCGACGAUACCUGCAUGGGAAGAAAAGGAAAAUCAAAGAAACCAAGAAGAGGGAGCGUAGUGCUGCACUUAAGACUAUUCAGCAUGUUUCAGCUACUGGAAAUAUAUCUAUUGAAGAGAUUGAUGCAGAUGGGAAAUUUGUCAGGCUUAAAAACCACUCUAAUGAGGAUCAAUCUCUACAUGGCUGGGUGUUGAGACGACGUAUUGGAAGUGUGGCAGAUGUUAAUUACAAGUUUCCUUCAAGGUUCACUCUUCAGGCAGGCCAAGAAGUUACAAUCUGGGGUGCAGCUGCUGGUGUUAGCCCAGGUCCUAGUGAUCUGGUAUGGAGGUCUCAGAAAUCUUGGGGAACUGCAGAUAAUAUUGGUGUUACACUCAUCACCAAUGAUGGUGAGGAGCUUGCAGAGAGGAAGAUAAUGCUUGUACCCAGAGAAGAAGAAAGUGAGCAAGAUGAUGAUUAUGAAGAAAUAACUGGAAGUGAAGCAGAGUUUGCAUCUCAGACCAAAAGAAGAAGAAAAAAGAAAUGUUGUUUGGUUUCAUGAUAGUGGUUCCUGUGAGCAUCCUUAAGCAGGUGAGAUGGUGAGAAUCAUGCUUGUCACUUCAUAGAAAAUUUGCUUCAUCAGUAGUGCUGCAGUCUCUUGUCCCAUGUAGGAUGUAGCUUGCAUGGCUUUGCACCAGAAAUGCAACUGAAGUUCUGCUUAUUCUCUGAGUAUGGUCAAACAGUAGCAUUAAUUGUUUGCUAUCUUAUUACUGACACAUGGAAAAUUCAACCUUUAAUGUCCAUAUCAUCUACCUAUCUGACUGUGAAUUAAAGCUGUUAUCCCAAGAACAGAAUGCAAACACUGACUACUUCUGUGGGAUGAAGGGACUUCACAUUCCAGUGUCCCUAAAUUGCUUUUAAGACAAUUUCAGUGUGAACUUAAGGUCAGUAUACUUACAAACUUUUGGCUAUCAACUUGCAUGGUGUAAUAUCUUGUUCAAGAUAUCCAGCCCUCUCAAAUGCCUUGUGACUGACUGUAAUACAAGUCUGAACUGGUGCAUUUUGGAUGCUCCUACUGUACUUUGAUAUACUUUUAGCUAUCUUUAAUUGCUGAAAUGAUCUAAACCAACUAAUAUGAGGGCUUUAAGUUGGUCCUAACCAAACAAUUAUAGACUGUACUGAAUUCAAGUUGGUUUGUGUCUUGACCUGAAACAGUACUAUGGUACAAACUCCAAAGCCUGAGAGCAAGGGGAUGCUUAGCUAAAACCUCUUCUUCCUACUGGCAAAUGUUCAGCUCCUGCAGCUCUUCCUAAAACUGAUUCUACACAGUUACAAGGAGGGUCACAUCUUACUGCACUAGGUUAAAGCUCCCACUACCAUUUCAUAGAUAUUUUCAUCAUGUAUCUGUCUGAAAACUAACUUAAAAGUACCUUAGUACUGUCUUUCUGCAAAAAAAAGGUACCUAAACAGGCAGUUACUGCUGGGUUUUGGGUUGUUUUUCCUUUUAAACAAAAUCUGGUUAAAUAUCUGUUACUACAAUACCAUGCGACUUAAAGGAUGUUUGUCAGUCUCCUGACUUGCAUGCACAUUCUUGUAAUAUUUUCAGUCUCACUGAAGAAUGGUGAGACCCUGUUAAAUAGGCUAUUGAGGAGGCCUAUAAUGCUGUUCUGCCCUUUGGGCUCUUAGUGGUACAAGCUUCCACUCAUACUCAGAGUAGGGCCUCUCCUCAAGGAUGGCUUCUUUUUAUUUUAAAAGGCAUUUUUUGAAUUUACUUAUAUGACUUGUUCAAUAAUCAGUGAUGGAAAGCAAAAGUAACAUUUUUCCUUACACUUCUAAUCUGUUUUAUCAGCAACUUUACAAUACAGUUGUGUGCCAUUUAUGGUAAGAAUCAAUUCUAAUACUUCCAAUCAAAUUUUAAUGUCAUUCCUGUUUGCUGAAUUCCUGUCAACCUUUUGAUAUUAGUAUCUAUAUGCUUCUGCUGCCUUGGUAGUACUGAAAUGGCUGCUUAGUAAACAGAAGUUACCUUGUUGCCUGCAGUAAAAUAAUGGGAAGAAUGCAUGCUGUGCUUUAAAGGAAGGCAGUGUUUCCCUGUUUUGCUUCUGCUUUUACCAUCCUAACGAGGGCAGCACGUAUCUGCAUGCCACUGAAGUUCUGCUGCUUGGGGAGAGAGGAAGUGAUGGGCAGUCUGACAGCCUUUCAUUUACGAAGGCACAGGCUCGUGUAUUGCAUGGAUUUCAAGACUUGUGUAGUACAGUUCAUGUACUGCCUCUUGAAAAUCCACUCUGCUUUGUUAAUAAGUAACUAAAUCUACAAAGUGCUGAAAACCCUAUCUGCCUAUAUGAGGCUCAAGUAGGUAACCAGCAAGAAAUACUUAAGUUUGUACACAUGCUAAUUAGCCUAAUGUUUUCAUGUUUUCUCUCUGCAGCAAAAUGAAGAUCCCAGCUGUUCUGUCAUGUAAUGUGGACAAUAAUCUGAAAACACAUCUCAGUCCCAGGUGACACAGACUGUAUGUGUAUUGACAUCUUCUGUCAUAUCUGGAAUUUGGAACUCACAUAUUCCAUCUGAUGUCUUUGUAAGAAGCAUUGUCCAUAACAUGAUGGAAUCUCCUGCCUUCUGAUACUGGGCCCUGGCCUUGGAUUCACUGAUUCAAAGAGCAGUAGAGUACAAGCUCCAUGUGAAGUUGUUUUUACUUUUACACAAGGAUCUGGUUUCUGUGACCUGCUGAAACAGAAGGGUACAGAGUUUACAAAGCUUCUAAACAUGUGCCCUAGGAUACUUGACAAUGAACAUGAGGCUGCCUCAGCUUUCUCAAUAUUCUGACAUGGAGUUCUCCAAAGAUAAUUUCUCUUUCCAGCCUGAGUGGGAAACAUGGGACUGAUCAUACCUUUGCACCUUGAGCAAGUCCGAAGUAAAACACUGUCCUGAAGAGUGAUGAGUGGUCUGAAAUGUUUCCUGCUCAGAUCCUGAUGCAGAGAUACAUAAAACUGGUCUGGGUCACUUCCUAGAGUGAAACACUUUAGAAUUAAAAGCAAGUUGUCAAAAAUAUUCCUUCCUGUUAUUAAAUGUUACUGUUUCUAUAGUCUAGCACCUAUUGUAUUGUAUAUUCCUAGGUACAGUGUAUCACAGCAGAGCUGUGCCAGCCUUAACUUAGACAAAUGUAUCCUGAAAAUGUGAAAAAGCAUCUCAUUCUGGCAGAGCAGGUACUGUGACCUGUGCUGCUGGCACUGUUUGAUUGGUCCCAACAGCUUUCUAAGGGGCUGGAGAGAAACAUGCUAAGUCAAAACUCAAAGCUAGAAAGCCCCACCUGUAGUGAAAAGCACAUCAAACUCGCUGCUCUUGGAGCCCUUAUGUGCUAAAUCUCCAUGCAGGCUGCAGCUGUGUCUGUCUAUGGGACAGCUGGGGGAAACUGGUUAUGGGCCACUGUGCAGCUCCCUGUCACUCUGGUAGCUCUGUGCUCCAUGGAAUGCUGUCCUGUCACCCUCAGGAGGGGACAGUCAGCCCCAGGGCACUGCUGUCACUCUGUCCCUCCUCUAAACUGCUCCCCUGCUGGCCCUGGGGGAAAGGAAGGGCUCUGAGCCACAUGAAGGAAACUUCCACCUGAGAGCAGGGGAGCAGCUGAGCCUGCAGAUUUCUCUCAGUGCUGCAGUAGUGUUUUGACUGUCUUUUACCUUGCCAAAGUGUUCAGUUCCAAAUUCAAGACCUGCUCUGUGUGAGGAUGAAGGUGCUAAUGUGAGGUUUUCCUAUGCUAGCUUAAACUCUUGUAUUAUUUAAGAAUUCUAAUUUUGAGACAUCAAGAGUAGAUGCUGGUUUAAGACUUGGAUUUUAGCAGAUCCAAAUUAUUGUUCCAUCUCAAACAAUAGAAAUAGCUGUUGCUCUAACUUUGCUGUAUUUAUCUUUAUUUCUUAAAACUUUUUUAACUAUUAAAGAUAUUUUUCAUGUAUAUAAAAGCAGUCUUGGAUUUAAAUAUUUGCAGAUUAAAUAAUAAAGGUUUGUCUGUUCAUUGA